AACGUUUUAAUGUUGGUACUAUCUGUCGCUACUCGCGAGAGAAUACGAGGUGGCGAUCAUCGUCGGUCAUUGUCGUUUAUUGAUUUCCUAGCUUUAUAAAGAUAUAUAUUUCUCGCAUAAAUACCGCGAGACACGCGUGCCAGCGUGAGCAGGUAUUUAUCGUUCGAGGACUCUUUUGAUGAAGUCCGCAGAAAGUUCUUUGCGCGAGAAAAGGAAGACAAGAAAGACAGGAUUGUUUUUCGUGCGAGAAUUGCUUGGAGCAAAAGAAUGAAAUGCCUUAGAUGCAUUAGAAAUAAAAGAAAACAAAACGAAAAAAUAAGAUUCGUCAGGGGAGCCCGAAUAUAAAUUUACGAAUGAACAUGUUUCGAAUAAUUAUACGCUUCCGCGAUUUUUGUGGGGAUGUGACGUACUUCGAAUUGAAAUAAUUGGAUUCCAUUGCGUCGAUGGUUUGUUAUGCAAAUUGUUCGAGAGAAAACCAUGACUGUAUAUGUUUGUUCGUUCAGAUACGCACAUUGAUCUGUUAUUAGAUGGCUGACGCGGAUCCACAAUUUAAACGCCUUUUACUGCCAGCGGAGGAAACUCUAUUUGAACAGUUGCUGAGAUUCGGCCUUUAUGUAGGUGCAGUAUUCCAAAUCAUGUGCUUGUUAGCUAUAGUUGUGUAUCAGGCUGGUCCAUCCGAUGGUGUGGCGACUUUGAAGGAUGAUCCAAGUGAUGUUGAAUGUUCCGAAAACAGUCCUCAAGUGACGCCAAGAAGACCUCAUCGGCCACGGAAGCAGGAGAAAAAGAAGAGACGUUGAACUGUUUACAUUUCCUACGACAUUACUUUGAUAUUAAUCUCAUAAUCUUACAUUAGAUGUUUUCCAUUUGGUGACAUAAGUUUUGUCUCUGUUUCUUCUCAUGAAACGUAAAAAAAAA